GAACCAGGCUCAAGUCUGCGCGAGCCAAUCCAUCUCUUGGUUUCUGGGUUGCGCCUGCGAGAUUUCUCGAGCCAAAAUCCUCUCUUCUUCUCUUUCGAUCUGUUUCCUCUUCUUGUUUUAUUUCCUGCGAGGAUUUCUGAGCCAAAGAGGAGGAAGAGUAAGAGCGCAACGCCAUCGAGAGGAUCAGAGGGGCGGCCAUGGCGAGGCGGAGGGUCGCGGCGCUCGCGUCGCAGCUCCUGAGGGGGCGGCGGUUUCCCGCUCCGGCGCCGCAGAGAGGGCCACCGCGGUACCUGUCCUCCGCGGCGGCGGCUUUCGCCCCCCUCGGCCGCCUCAAGUCUCCCUCUUUCGCGCGCCCGGCGAACCCUGCUCCUUCCCCAUGGGGCCGGUUCGGAGGGCAGAAGAGGGGCAUGUUCAUCCAGACACAGUCAACUCCAAACCCACAAUCACUCAUGUUUUAUCCGGGAAAGCCUGUUAUGGAGGUUGGGAGCUCUGAUUUCCCUAAUGCUCGGACCGCGAUGACAUCUCCUUUGGCCAAGGCACUGUUUGCAAUUGACGGAGUUACCAGAGUAUUCUUUGGGUCUGAUUUUGUAACUGUAACAAAAUCAGAAGAAACUUCUUGGGACUAUCUUAAGCCUGAGAUUUUUGCUGCAAUAAUGGACUUCUACUCAUCUGGGCAACCACUCUUUCUGGACUCAAGUACUGCAGCUUCUAUGGACACAGCAAUUAAUGAGGAUGACUCAGAAAUAGUUGCUAUGAUAAAAGAGUUGCUGGAGACUCGCAUUCGACCAGCUGUUCAAGAUGAUGGUGGUGACAUUGAAUAUCGAGGAUUUGAUCCAGAAACAGGGAUAGUUAAGCUAAAAAUGCAAGGUGCCUGCAGUGGAUGCCCAAGUUCAUCAGUCACAUUGAAGUCUGGGAUAGAAAACAUGCUCAUGCAUUAUGUGCCUGAGGUUAAAGGAGUAGAGCAGGAACUUGAUGGUGAUGAGGAAGCUGAACUGACUGGCCAGAUGGAAUGAGUUUUACAGCCAAAUUUCGACCACUUUUUUUGGCAGGUGAAAGGACUAGAGCGUUAUUUGUGAAAACCAAACCUUUGAGAGCCAUAGUUGCUUCCUUUCUUUUGAGGAAUUUUUUUCACCAUGAAGACUACUGUAGUUUUGAACCUGAUGUAUGCAACAGCAAAGAGGCAGACUUUCAUAGAUGUUAAGAGGCAGCAGUAAGUAGCCUACACAAACAUCAGUUGCACUAGGGCUGAAUAAAGUGAUACAGUGAGUUGAUCGUUUGCUUUUGUAUAAUCCUCGUAGAUGCUGAGCCUUUUCUAGUCAGUAGUAAAGGUGAUCACUGCAGCAUCAGCAUGACAAGUGUAAUUUCUGGUGGUUGUUUGCUUAUAUACUCAUAAUUCAUAUAUGCUGCAUGCUUUUCAUCUGCAUCUGCAAGAAUGAUGAAUGAUGCUAA